GCUGGAGACACCCGCCGCAUUUGAUAAGAGCAAGAUGGCGGCGCCCAUGCGAUUUUGUCGUCUGACUUGGCGGCGAACAUUUUUGCCGCUUCAGGCCUUUGCUACGGGCGGCACCCCGUUCCGAGCCUUGCAGACCUGCUCAUGUGCUUGCAGCGGAGAGAGGGAGGCUGAUUUACAAGAAAAUCCUUUCUUCUCAAAGUACAAAAACAAGAUCGACGAGUUCAGAAAAGAAAACCCAGGGGAGUAUGAGGCAUUUGUGCAAGAGAAAAGGGACAGACAACAGAAGAAGCGUGCAGAUUCUGCAGCCAACAAGGAAGCCAUCAAGGAGCAGAUGAACUGGAUGGGCAGCAAUCCACGGUUUUCCCAGAAUGCACAGCAGGAUACAGGAUCAUCUCGUGGCAGCUUCUCCAUGGCAGGUGCCAAGAAGCUGGACGCUGUGCUAAGAACUGAUCUAAUCCAGGACAAGACAGCAGAGGAGAUAGCCAAGAUCUGGACAGACUACCAUGCCCAGAAGGAUGCUCUGUGUGCUGUCAUCCCCAAAGACACGUAUGCUGUGCUGAAUGCCAGGACAAACAUGUGCCCAACGUUUCUGCUGCCCAUGCCAAGGGAGCAGGGAUAUGAGUUCUUCCUGCUACAGUUCUCAGGCCAAGAGUGCCACUUCACUCCCCUCAUCAACUUCCAGACUCACAAAGAGAAUGCCCCCAGCUGUAUCCAGUUGGUGCACUACCCUGACCUUGCAGAGGAGAAAGGCAUUGUACUAAUGAAGGCAGAGGUGGACACGAAAGUGCUGACCACACUAGAGGCUAAGUUUCUUGUUGACCAGAUGACCAUGUACUAUACGGCCAGGAGUGACCAGCGGUUCAGCAUCGUCCGCAACUUCACCGUAAAGCCCACAGAGUUUGACCACAUGGUCUUGAUCAAGGAACUGGAAGCAUUGGGGGGACAGUCGACACCAGACAAGACUGACUGAUGGAGUGCAUGUUAGGACAUGCUGUCUAUUUUAAAACCUUUUAGUUUAACUUUUGUUUGUUCACAU